AUCUCUUUAGUUUUUCUCUUUAUUAAAGAAAGUUUGCUCCUUUCUUGAUUUCAAAACCCAAACAUUUGAACCCCCAAUCUUAAUAUUAAUGUUAAUAUUAUACACAACAUAACCUCAUCUCACAGGCAAUCCAUAUUCAUAUUAAUGUUCUUGCUUGGCUCCUGAGUAAACCCAAGUCUCCCUUUGUCUGCACUCAAAGAACAACAGCUACGUACAGAGACAGCCUUCAUAAUAAUACUAAUUAGCCCCCAAAUCCCAUCCCAUAUUCUCUGUUUUAUCCCAAUCCCAAUCCCAAUCCCCAAGUGGCAAAUCAAAAACCAUCAUCACCAUGUCCUCCUUGCAGCCUCAGCAACAACAGCCUGCUCUUGUUUACCCAAACAACGUGAGAGGACAGCCGUCGUCUUCCCACCAUUCAAAUGGCUCAUUUGGGACCGUUUUCAUUGUGCUGGCCGUUAUAGUUGUCAUAUCAGCCAUUGCUUGCUUUCUUGGACGGCUCUGCAACCGCCGCCUCCAUAACUCAAAACCCAACAAGCAACCGGCGCACAACCUUCGUCCCAGCAAAAAAGAAGCUGUCGUGGAUCAUAACCACAUGGAGUUUGGGAAUAAUAAUAAUCCCAGUUUUCGUGCCCCAAAAGACGCCGACAUCGAAUUCGGGUUUGACAAGAAAAUCCCAAAUGGCAAUGGCAGCAGAUCAGAGAGCAGAGGAUACAUGAACAAUCACAGCAAACCACAUCAUGGAAAUGGUGAUCAUCACAUUCACAUGAAAGGUGAAAUGAAGCAGCCUGGUGAUCAUGUUGUGAUUGGAGAGCCCCGAGCAACUGGAUGAAUUGCAUGAUGAUGUCACACGUAAGGAUGGGAUCAUCAGUAACUUGUAGUAGCCGGAUUGGCAUAUCUGUCAAAAUUAAAUUAGUCCUCUCGUUUUCUCUGUUCUUCUCUGUUUUCUUUUUCCUUUUUUAUUUAUUUAUAAUUUCCAACUCUGCAACUUCCUUAAAAGUAUGAUACGUAAUGAUGUUAUAAGGUAUUGUGAUACAAACGUACAUAAUCAUUGCAUGUGAUUUU